GACUGAAAAUUUUCCUUCUAUAUUCACGUGAACAGGGAAGAGGCCUUCUCUUCGUCUACUUCACUUUUCUGCCCAAACACAAAUUUUCCAGCCUUCGGGUCAGUUAAUGAUCAAUUUCAAUCCAAUCGCUCCUCAAAUUCAUCAACAGAUCUUCAAUCUGCUCUUGCGGAAUCCGAUCGUCGUCGAGUUUCGCAGUCGAAGCGGAAGAUUUCGAUUCUGAGAUUCAAAGUUGUUCUAAGAGCGUUCGGCCUGAGUACUCUGUGAUUCUUGAUGGACAAGGGAAUGCCGCCUACCCUUUUUGUCAACGAUGGUUCAUUUAUGGAAAGGUUUAAACAACUCCAACAGAAAAAUUGUGAGAAUGAUAAGGAAAAGGAUAAAGGCGCUACAUCUGAGGAGCAAAAACCAAUCAAGAUUAUCACAGGGACUUCUGUUCCACACAAUACCAGUAGUAAAACUAAUUUGCAGUUUAAGGUUGGUGAUGUUCGCAAGACUGCUCCAACUGGAAAACUUGCUUUUAGCUUGAAGCAGAAAUCAAAGCUCCCGGCACCCUCUGUAAAGUUAGGAGCAGAUGAGGAUGAAGAUGAAUCUGAUGUGGCAGAUGCAUCUGAUCAUCUACCAGUGAAGCGUCAGAAGUUAGGCCCACAUAAUGGUUCUGAGCAACCAGCAGUUCAAUCUGGUGUCGCACCACCUUCACCAAGUGAUCCUACAGUGAAGAAAGUUGCUGACAAGCUAGCAAGUUUUGUGGCUAAACAUGGAAGGCAAUUUGAGCAUGUUACUCGCCAAAAAAAUCCUGGAGAUACACCUUUUAAAUUUCUGUUUGAUGAGAGUUCUGCAGAUUACAAAUAUUACGAAUAUCAGCUAGCUGAAGAAGAAAAAGCUCUUUCACAGAACAUCGAAUCUAAAUCAUCAAAUGAUGGUGGGAGCACGCAAACAUCUAAGCCAAAGAUUGGUUCCCAGAAAUCUUUCCAGCAGCCUUCCUCAUCAAAUUAUCGAACUCCUGCCUCUGCUUUAUAUGAACCAUCUGAAGAUUCAAGAGCUUCCGUGGGUUCAUCUAAUACUACUGCAUGGUCUGAAAGGACAGGUGAAUCUAGGUCAUCACCAAGUGGAGAUCCAAUUGCAAUGAUGGAAUUCUACAUGAAGAAAGCUGCCAGCAAAGAGAGGAUGAGACAACCUAAACUGUCAAAAGAUGAAAUGCCUCCUCCUGCUUCUCUUCAAGGUUCAGGGAAAAGGGGGCAUCACAUGGGUGACUUCAUUCCUGACGAGGAGCUUGAAAAGUUCUUAGCUACAUGCAAUGAUGCAUCUGCCCGAAAAUUUUCUAGAGAAGCCGCUGAUAAGGCUAAAAUUCAGGCUGAUAAUGUGGGGCACAGACUCCUAUCUAAAAUGGGAUGGAAAGAAGGUGAGGGUCUGGGAAGCUCCAAGAGUGGCAUUUCAGAUCCUAUAAUGGCAGGUGAUGUAAAAAUGAAUAACUUGGGUGUUGGAGCUCAUCAACCCGGUGAGGUGACUCCCGAAGACGAUAUAUAUGAGCAGUACAAGAAGCGUAUGAUGCUUGGUUAUCGUUACAGACCAAAUCCACUGAACAACCCUCGGAAAGCAUACUAUUGAACAACGACGGUUCUUCUACAAGGCGUUAUCACCAUUCUGUCUGUGUUUGAAAAUUAUGAGAAAAACCAACUACUACGUUGUGGAAAUGGAAAUUCACAUCAUCUAUUGUGUCACAAUUAAUUUCUUAACUCAAUAAAUAGAUACUAGACUUCUUUUUCUCAUUGUUUUGUUUGUAACUUUUCCUUCAUCAAUCAAUAUAUUUGAAACCUCAUUUGAAAU